UGAAAAGAUUCUCCAGAGAAUAGGAUGAGCUUUCGGUUCGAGUCAUGAAGUGCAAUUCGAGCAUAUUCUUCCUCUUUUAUGUAUUAUGAUAUAUUCCGUCUUCUUCUUCUUUCUACCGAGCCUUGCUUGCAUCCGCAAAAGCCCCGCUCAUAGCAAAGUCCCCCCAACCUUGCUUUUGACUCGAAACUAGAACCAAGUGGCACCGCUUUCAUAUUCGAAAGAGCAGACAUGUAUGCGGGAGAGGUUUUGGGCAAGUUCUGUGUGUACAGUGAGACCCCUCUGUCUGUCUCAAUGGCCUCGACCCUUUUUCUCAGAAAUCCCAUAUCCACUUCUCAUGUUUGUACGCUUAUGAUCUCCGCGAGAGCUCCAAUGCAGCCGAUGAUGAUGGGGUGUCGCUGCAGCAUGGACUCCAAGCACGUCGGUGACGAUCUCUUCUCGGUGACCUCGUCGAGCAAGUCCGACGUUGAUUAUCUGGGCCAGAGCACCAAAGGGGAUUUGAAUCUCAAGUCGGAGCAUCUUCAAUCUUUUGGAAUUGAUGGUCAGACGACCUUAGAAGGCCCAAUUGAAGAAGUAGCCCAGGUGGAAGCCGAGGAAGCUAAGGAUUUGCUUAGAGACUUGGGUAUCCCGAGCCCUUAUUUUUCAAGACAUUCACCUCGUGGUAUAUUCUGUAGUCGAACUUUGAAUCUCCGAUCAAUCAGUGCCAUUGGAUACGACAUGGACUAUACCCUGAUGCAUUAUAAUGUGAUGGCUUGGGAAGGACGGGCAUACGACUACUGUAUGGAGAAUUUAAGGAACAUGGGUUUUCCUGUUGAUGGACUUACAUUCGACCCAGACUUGGUCAUUAGAGGCCUUGUCAUAGACAAAGAGAGAGGUAACUUGGUUAAGGCUGACCGAUUUGGGUAUGUUAAAAGGGCAAUGCAUGGCACCAAAAUGCUUUCCACUCGAGCUGUAAGUGAGAUGUAUGGGAGGGAAUUGGUGGAUCUACGGAAAGAGAGUCGAUGGGAGUUCUUGAAUACACUAUUCUCAGUUUCGGAAGCUGUCGCUUAUAUGCAGAUGGUAGAUAGAUUGGAUGAUGAGGCAAUAGCUGCACAACUUGGUCCACUUGAUUAUAAAGGGCUUUACAAGGCAGUUGGAAAGGCACUCUUUAGGGCACAUGUAGAAGGUCAACUUAAGAGUGAGAUAAUGUCCAAGCCGGAACUGUUUGUUGAGCCUGAUCCAGAACUUCCUUUGGCACUUUUGGACCAAAAGGAGGCUGGUAAAAAGCUUCUGCUUAUUACCAACUCAGAUUACCAUUACACAAACAAAAUGAUGCAGCAUUCCUUUAACAGAUUUCUUCCCAACGAUAUGGGUUGGCAUGAUCUAUUUGACAUUGUAAUAGUCUCAGCAAGGAAGCCAGAAUUCUUCCAAAUGUCACACCCAAUGUAUGAGGUGGUGACAGGGGAGGGCCUUAUGCGUCCGUGCUUCAAGACUCGUACAGGGGGCUUGUAUUCAGGGGGAAGUGCUCAGAUGGUUGAGAAUUCUUUAAAUAUACACGGAGAUGAGAUAUUGUAUGUUGGUGACCAUAUUUACACUGAUGUAAGUCAAUCCAAAGUCCAUCUCCGGUGGAGAACGGCGUUGAUUUGUCGAGAGCUGGAAGAAGAGUAUAGUGCUUUGAUGCGAAGUGGGGGCCAUAGAGCAUCACUGAUAGAGCUUAUAAAUCAAAAGGAGGUAGUAGGGGAUCUUUUUAACCAACUUCGGCUUGCAUUGCAGAGGCGAACAAAGGAACGUCCUGCUCAAACCCUUGCUGCAACCAAUAUGGAUCAUCAAGAACUCACAGAGAGCAUGCAAAAGCUGCUUAUAGUCAUGCAAAGACUAGAUGAAAAAAUUGCUCCCAUGCUAGAAGCGGAUGGAGAGCUCUUCAACAAAAGGUGGGGAUACCUUUCACGUGCAGGUCUGUGGGAUAAAAGCCAUUUAAUGAGACAAAUCGAGAAGUAUGCUGAUAUAUAUACUUCUAGGGUCUCAAAUUUCUUACACUACACACCCUUCAUGUAUUUCCGCUCUCAGGAACAGACACUUGCUCAUGAUUCACAUUCGUAUUGCCAUUCCCAGAUUAAUGGGACAGCCGUUGACAAUUAACACCGAAGUUUUGUGUUGCAAAGUAGUAGGAUCUUUUAUUGGCAAUUUUGACAGUAAUGCUCAAGUAGAUGAUCCUUUUGUGUAUUUCAAGACAAUGCUGACUCCAAACUGUGUUCUGUACAAUGCCUAAGGGUAGAAGCAGUAACAGGCGAGGCAUAAUACUAUAGUGAAACAAAAUAAAUAAUUCGCUUAUGGCUUUGGCAUUUUCCUGCGCCAAAUGUAAUCUAUUGAUAAAAAUGGAUGAGAACUUCUAUUUAUAAAUAUUUUAGUUAUCAUCUUUUC